AUGAAGCCAUUUGUCGGUUAUAUUGAAGAAGAAAAAAAGGUUGAAGAAGAGGCUCCAAUUAAAAAAUUGCCAGCCAAAAUUCUUGGCGUCAUUUUUGGAAAGGUAAAUACUUUUGUAAUUUUUUGUGGUAUUUUCAUUUUUUGGUCAGUUAGCUUCGAACAAAAUUACAAAAAAAGAGAACCAUAUUGGAUUACUGUAGUUGAUUUUUUCGGCCCAAAGAGAUAUGAAUGAUUUUGAGAAAACUCAACGCAACUUUUCAAAGAAUUUUUUCUAUAUUCCAAAUUUUACUGUUUUUCAGCUCGAAUACGAAGAUGCUCAAAAAUUGAAAAACUCGUCAACAUCUCUAUUAAAUGCCUAUAAAUUAGAACGUCGAAUGAUCAAUGGUCCAGAAUGUGAUGCUCAUGUUUAUUACAAAAACAAGGAACUUCGAUUGGAAAUAACAAUCAUUCGAAAAAUUCGAUGGACCAGAAUUCUUCCAUGGAAAAGAAUAGUCAAAUUGACAAAAACUGUUCCAUUGAAUCAGUGGGAAUAUUUUUUCAAAAAUGCUAAAUGCGAAAAACUAAUUGUAACUGUAGACGAAGAAAUUCCAUUGGAGAUUUUGAGGAAAAUUUUGUGCUGUAAAUCGAUCAGAGUUUUUAGAUGUUUUGGGAAAUCAAUCAAUCAGAUGACUGUUGAUCUUAUUGCAAAAUAUCAACCUAAAAGUUUUAGAUUCGUUGGAAAUCAUUGGAUUUCGCAAAUGAUGGAUGUCCCAAAAUUAUCAGCUGUUAUGGUUGAAUGUUUUGAAAAUAUUGAUGAUAUUUUUGAAGCAAUGAAAUUCACUUAUAAUUUGAUAAUUAGUUUGAAACCGGAAAUUUAUGAAGAAAACGAACAUUCUUUAAUUGUGAGUUUUUUUUUAUAAACUCCUUCAAAAUAUCAUAAAUCCACGUCAUUAUUUCAUAUUAAAUUUUUUCUAUUUUCAGAAACUCAAAGAUAACGAAGAAUAUAAGCCAUUAUAUUUAUUUAAAUUUGCUAAGAAUACAGAUGAACAACAAGUUGGAUCAAUCAAGAAAUAUUUGGAAAACAGUAUCUCAAAUGUUUAUGGAUGUAAUCUGGACAUCAAUGUUGUCAGAGAUACCAAUGACCUUUUUAUAUUGUGUAGAUCGAAAUUUGUUGAUCUAUAA